UUGUAUUCUGGAAUGAGGUCAGACACGAGGCUUCUCAUUGCACGCGCUGAUUAUUAUUAGAUUCCAUUUUUAACCAAUAGGCUGCGAGUGGGCGUGGUCUACGAGCAGAGGCAGGGUAGCGACAGCAAGUGAUUGGUGGAUUUUUAUCACCGUUGUAUCAGGAAGGGAUAAAUGCAGGCUAGGGGGGCCAGAGUCUGAAGGGGUGCUUGAAACGCGACUUGCAGAUGGAAGGCGGGCAGUGUGACUCGCUUUAGCUUCAUCUAUUUUUCCUCUCUCCCCUGUUCUUACCCCAGCACAGGAGAGGAGACAGAGCCCUGACUUUAACUUGUGUGGAGGUGCCUGAGAGCGCAGCGUGGCACCCAGGCGCUCUGAAGCCGCAGAGGCUAUGUUCUGUCAUCACACGACUCUGCUGGGUUUCUAACACUAGGGAAACAGACUGAGAACGCGAUUACCGAGUAGCAGACGAGAUCUGCUGCUUUUACCACCAAUCCAACCUGGGAGUAAAACUUUUCUAUGCAUCUAGCCUUUUUUCAGGCUGAAGUUGUUCCCUGCGCAUCUCGGGAGUGCAUAUUUCUGUUUGCGUUCAGCUCCGUGCGUCAGCGUGGGAGAAAAGAGCUGAGUUUGCUUUAAAGUCAACCAGAGGACCAAAGGAGAGAGGGUGAUACAGUGCAACUAACCCCGCUCUCCCUCUGUGUGUGCGUGCGUAAAAGUGGACAGCAUGGUGCAGAAAAUGAGCCACACAGAGAGCACCGCCGAGGCGCUGUCCUUCUUCGCCGGGGAUUCCAGUUCUGACUCCGGGGCGUGCAUGGAUCUGGACCCGGCCGCAUCGCCUCUCUCCCCGGGCUCCACAGCCUCCUCCACAGCCGGCGAGAAGUUGGGAGACAACCCGGCAUGGUGUAAAACUCCCAGCGGUCACAUCAAGAGACCUAUGAACGCGUUCAUGGUGUGGUCCCAGAUAGAGAGGAGGAAGAUUAUGGAGCAGUCUCCGGACAUGCACAACGCGGAGAUCUCCAAGCGGCUGGGGAAGCGCUGGAAGCUGCUCCGAGACAGCGACAAGAUCCCCUUCAUCCGAGAGGCGGAGCGGCUCCGGCUCAAGCACAUGGCGGACUAUCCCGACUACAAGUACCGGCCCAGAAAGAAGGUCAAAUCGAGCGCAUCCAAGCCCGGCAGCAGCAGCAGCGACAGGGGGGAGAAAGUUAGCAGCAGCACCAGCACCAAGACGUCCUCAUCUUCGAGGAAGAGUGGAUCCAAAUCACCCAGCAGCAGCAGCAAACCCCAAAAACCACUCUUCGGCAGCAGCAGCAGCACCAAAGCAUCCCUGUUCGCCUCGGACCCGUCUGAACCCCACCACAACUCCCUCUACAAGUCCAAGUCCGCCUCUUCAGCAGCGAGGCAGAUACCGGAGGGCAAGAAGCCCAAGCGGGUGUACAUGUUCGGCAGCAGCGCGGCCAGCCUGAGCGUCAGCCCCAUGUCCUCCGUGGUAGUCCCAGCCAGCCCGACACUCAGCAGCUCGGCCGAGUCCAACGAGCCGCUCAGCCUCUACGAGGACGCGGCCAGCGGCAGGGAGGAGGGCGCAGACUCUCCCGGCAGCAGCGGCAGCUUCGGCGGCCACGCAUACACCAGCAGCCGGCGGGCUUCCUCCCCCACUCCCUCCGGCUCUCACUCCUGCGUGUCCUCCCGCUCCUGCUCCUCUUCCUCCUCUUCUUCGGAGGAUGAGGAGUUCGAGGACGAGCUGCUCGACAUCAACCCGAGCCCCAGCGCCGCGAGCAGCAUGCCGCUGGGGGGAUUCGGCUCCUCGGUGCUGGACAGGGACUGGGACUUGAACGGCGAGUCCAUCUCCGGGGGGUCGCACUUCGAGUUCCCCGACUACUGCACGCCUGAAGUCAGCGAAAUGAUUUCCGGGGACUGGCUGGAGUCCACCAUCUCCAACUUGGUUUUCACGUACUGAGAAGUUAACCUGAGACCGAACAUGACGGCCAAAAGAAAUAGGGGUUCCUGCGACGCGGCGGGGGCAGACGGUUCGAGUUUGCCCCCCAGUUGCCCCCCCCUAAGAGCUGCAGGUCUCUGGAAGCUCAAGCUAUCAAGAAAACCACUUGGUCUUCACUUUCUGUGCACGGAGGGAUUCGGUACAACCACAAGUUGAAGCAGUGCAAAAAUAAAAAAAUAAAAACAAAGGAGGCCAGAGAUGCAGACAGCCAGGUCCUGGACUGGUUCCAAGUCAAAAGAACUAAACUGUGAUUGAUUUGCACGUUACCGCACUUCUCUUAAUCAAUGUUGUUGCUGAUUUUUGAAAGAAAAAAGACAAAAGGGACAUUUCACAACUUUCUACCAAUCGCCAAGUGAACUUCACCUCCGAAAAGGUACAGAAAUGGGACUGACGCGCGUCAUUUUUUAUUGUGGUGCCAUCAGGAGGCUUUUCUAAAAAAUACACAAAAAAUAGAAACCGAGGUGGGUUUAUGUUUUUUAAGUCUGUUAUUUUCUCAAAAGCAAAAAAAAAAAAAAAACAAAAAAUAAAAAAAGUAAACCUGUUAAAAGCAUGAUAGCCUACUUUGUUCCUGUGCUGAGACUUUCUGUGAGGCUGUUAUUACUAGUAUUAGGGUUAUUUAAAUGGAUCGGUGCCACUCGCUUUGGUUCUCCUUUUUCUGUUUUUGUCGACGGAAGAAAAGGACUUUGAAAUAAUCACCAGCUGUUGUAAUUUUUCAGGAUUCAGCUGCAAGUCUUUGCUGAACUGUACAGAUUUUCUCUCUGUGUGUUUAUCAGGACCAAAACUCUCCAAUAGCUAUAGAGAACCCACCGGUGACUUCCCCUUCUCCACCCUCAGAGCUUUGUUUUCUACAUGAUGCCAUUUUCUAUGGGAUGUUGUAUUUAUAUACUGGGACGUUUUUUUAUUUCUCGUACGCCAGAUCUAGUCCUGAUUUUGAUUUCUGACGCCGGUUGUUUGUCAGUAUGUCUGUGUCUGUCACAUUUCCUUCUCAGGCGAAGGGCUAGAGUUUAAAAACACAACUUUUUCAUUUCUUUUUUAUAUUUAAAUGUACACACUUUUGGACACUUGAAAGAGAGGAAUCGGUUUGAUUAUUUUCUCAGUGUAUUUUUGUACAAAUCUAUAUAAAAAAGGGGGGAGUCAAGAAUCGGUGUGUAGCCUACUAAUACAGCUGUAUUGGAUUUCCUUGUUUUUAAUACCCUGGCAGGCUGGUUGUCAUGCUGCCUUCAAGUGCUCAUGGUAAGCUCGUAUUAACAAGCUCUGUUGCCUGUUUUUUGAGGACAAGCAGCAGAACAGACCUUUUAACACUGUGGUGCCUAUUGUUUGAUGUUUUUCCUUCUUUCUUUUUUAAAUCAAAGGCACCUUGCCACUUUUUUGACAGUUAAAAAGAGCUAAUAUGAAUCAGGUGUGUAAUUUGUGUUUAACUUCACAAAAAGAGAGAAAACUUUCUGCAAAUGUUACCAGCAAUUACUCUCAAGACUUCUUUGAUGUCCAGUCCCUGAACAUCUGCAGCACAGACGUGUCAUACGUUAUUAGGAUGCAAUUACGUUUUUUUCCGACAGCACUUGAAAGCAGCAGCGGUUCUUUUUCCUAUCAGCCCCCUCAGCGUUUACAGCUCCAGACUGCAGGUUUCUUAAAGACACAGGAACAGCUCGUUUUCAGAGGCUGCUCCUGUGCACCAUGUGGGGCUUUACUGUUGCAGAACAGCCACCUGCUUUUUUCUUUUUUUUUUUUUUGCAUUUCACGUCUAAUCGUCUUUGCCUGUGACAACAAUUAGAAGAUUUAAAUUUGACUCGCUGGUGUUUUCGUUCACUGAUAUCACGUUUUCGCCUCCUGCAGCCUCCGCGCUCCAUGGGGCUGCUGCAAACAACAAAGAUGACAACAUGAUUCAAAUUUCUGACCUGAGUUGCGCAACGCCUACUUAGUACUGCGUUUCUCAUUGUAUUUGAAUAUAUAAUCUUUUCUACUUGUCAGCUAACUACUAGCUAAUUGUUUUAGUAUCUUUAUGGCAUGGUGAAUAGCAUUUGUAUUUCAGAUUCAGGUUAUUAGCUGUUGUGUUUUUUCAACAAAAGGAGAAAAAAAAGGAGAAAAAUGUGGAAACAUGAACUUGAUCUUUGUAUAUUUGACUGUACCAUAAAGCAAAAAGAUUGUGUGUUUAUGUACGUCGUUGCUACCGAGGACAGGCACUGUUUAGAACUGCUAUCUUCUACACAUCCUUACUUACAUUUAAGGUGGUCAGUUCUGACUGUUUUUUAUAUAUAGAUAUAUGAAAGCAUUUUUAAAUAUAUUAACUUUAUUUUUCAUCCAUCCUGUGCAAUAUGCUGUGUAGAAUUAUCAUUUAUUGUCUCUAAUCAUGCCAUUAACAAAGUUACCAUCCUUUCUUUGGUUCUUUUCUGUUUUUAUUUGAGACUCAGAGGAGGGUAGGGGGGGUGACAACGACUCAUGCCAGCUAAAUUGUGUCCAUUCACUGCCUGUCAGAUUGUUGAUACAAACUUGUGUACAGAACUUUUUUCAAGGAAGGAAAUAAAUAUCAGCUGGAACUGAAACCUUUUA